AUGGUCCUUCCCCUGGUGGAGGAGAUUCGAGCCCUGCCUACGAGUUUGCCAACCCGAACAUCGGCCAUCAGUGAAGGCGCUGGGCGAUGGAGGUUUGUUUCCCGAAGUUCAGAGUGCAACCUGCCCGAUCACUACAUGGAGCUCAAGGAGCGUUCUCUGAGCGAUGCGAUCGAAAUCAGCAAGCUGAAAGGGCAGGUCUUUGAAACAGUUCCGAAUGGGAAGCUGAUGGCCGCCAACCAAAGAUCCAUGGUCUACGUCAUGAAAGACGGGUUUCUGCGGGUGAUCAACCAAAGCGGUGCUGAUCACUUCAAGCUGGCGAAGUCCUCGCGGGCUCGGAUCAUCGACAUUGCUCUGACCAGGGAUGCGUCGGAAGCGAAGGACAGUCGCGAGGAUUCGAGCAAUGUCCUGCUGUGUUUGGAUGAGGCUGGUGGCAUCACGAUUUUCUUUGUCGAGGCUUGCCGGGCAAACAAGACAGGGCGCUUGCAGCAGAUCGAGCUGGUUUUGAGCGGCCUCCGUCCUCGGCGUGUUGUCAUGCACCCCAAGGAUAGCACCUGCUUUGUCACGUUACACUCGACCUCCCUCCGAUUGUGGAGUACUGCGCGGCUGCGGGCCCAAACCCACGUGGUGAGCCAAGAGGGGACAUUUUCGAGGGUGUCUUCAGACCCGGAAGAUGCAUUUUGCUGCGACACGGUGGACUUGCCCAAGGUGACCCCACAUCGCAGCGCGGACGGCCAGAUUCGCGACCUCUCCUUCACUGCUGACGGCAGCUGCAUUGCAGCCAUCACCGAGGACUGCCUCUUUGUGUGGCAGCGCUCCCAUGGCCCUGGCACACAUCAAGGACUCAAGCUGAUCCAGCAGAUGACCAUCGACAAGGCCACGUCCCAGGACAUCUGGCCGGAGGGCCCGGCCUCCAUCCGAUUCCUGGCGCUACGGGAGCGAAAUGUGGAUGUUGAGGCUCUGGUCUUGGCUGCUGCCAACGGGUGCAGCUUGGCGGUGUACACCUUCACCAGGGGCAGUACCCAGCCGGUCGGCCCUCUGUUGCAGUACAUCGGCUUUGCGCCCGAAGGCUCGGACGCGAAGGCCGUGGUGGAGGUCGAUAGCAUCAUGCACGCAACCUUGGCUUUGACUUUCUGCAACCGCAACUGCUUCGCGGUGCUGCCGCUGGCCAGCAACUUCUCCUCCUCCUCGUCCAGGAUGGCCUUUCCCUAUGUGCAGCGUUUCCACCACGAAGUAGCCGCUGAUCACCUGGCCCUCAUGACUGCACUGUCCAACAAGAAUGUCCGCACACUCUUCGUGUACCGGAUCGUCCUCACGCGCAAGGAAGAGGCCAGCCACGCGAGCAAGCACGAGGUGCUGGUGCACCAGCCAACAAGUGCCCACCUGGUCUCUCCGGAGGAGGCCCCGGAGCUGCCGACCACUCCUAGCAGCUCCAGCGACAAGGGGCCGCCCGAGGAGACGGAGGAGGUGGACGAGCCGCCGCCGGCGGAAGCCUGGGCGAAUGGUAUCCAAAGUGGUGCGGAUGCAGAGGACAAGGGUGGUGAUGGUGGUGAUGGAUCUGGUGAUGGACUGCCAGCUGAUUCGGCUGGCACCUUUGCCAAGAAGCCGGAGGAGGUGGAUAUGUUCGUGAAGCGGAUAGCAGCUUCGUUCGUCCUUGGACUCUCAAAGAAGAAAGAGCACCUCGCAGACAAGAUAGUGCAAGAGGUGGUUGGCAUCUUGAAGAGCAAUGGGAGUGCGGGCCAGUCGGAUGCGGCAAUGAUGGAUCAGGUUCUUGCAAAGGUGCGAGAGGCUCGCGAGGUCCAGUCAGACAGCGACAAGAAGCUGCAAGAUGCGGUGCGUGAGGCCACCGAUGCUUGGGCAGAGACUUCUGCGGCGAGCAUGUCGUCUCUGCUGUCAAAGGAGUUCGGGAAGCUUUCCCAGGGCGUGGCAUCUAACCUGGCACAGCAGUUGUCCCAAUCUCGGAAGUUCUGCGAGACACUGGCAAGAGGCGUUCAGAAGUCGGGGGUGGCAGCCACAAAGCAGGCCCUGGAGUCACUCCGGCCGCCCAAGCAACUGCAGGAGGCUGUGGGCGCUGCCCUCGGCGAGGCGCUCCAAGAAUCCCUUGCACCAGUCUUCAAGGCGGAGAUCCAGUCUCACUUUGAGAAUGAGCUCGGUCCGCUGAUCGGACACCGAGUCAGUGAGAUGUUGACUGCUUUCCGAGACUCCAUGACGGAUUGUCUGGAGGCCAUCGCCACGGAGCAUGAGCAGGUGGCCGAGCGACUCGGCCGAGAUCUGGCCCCACUCAUUGCAGACGAGCUGAAGCAGGUGCGUCACUUGGUACAGUCCUCUUCAGGCGGAUCCGGUGCUAUGCAGGAGGCACAGCUGGACGAGCUCAUGCGAGCAGUGGAGACGGAGGUUAUUCAGCCCUUGCACGCGCGUGUGAAGGAGCUGACGGCACAGGUUCAGGCACUGCGCGUGGAGGCAGCGGAGCUCCAGCGGCGCUGUGCAGAGGCUGCUGAGCAUCAAGGUGCGAACGUUCAAGACACCCCUGCGGCUGAAGCUGCGAAGGCUAAGCAGCUGGAGAGCAUGUUCCGGCACGGUCGUGUGGAAGAUGCCUUCCUGCGUGCCAUUCAAAAGCAGCGUCAAGCAAGACACUAUGAUUACCUGGAGUGUCUUUGUGCUUUGGUGCCAGACCCGGAAGCCUGGCUGACAGAGGAUUCCUCUGGAAGCCCGAUCUCGGCACAGGCCAAGAUGAAGCUGAUGCACGCGCUCGCGCUGCAGCUGAAAGAGAAAGUGCUGGACGAGCCGGUCUUCCUCCGCAAGGUUAACUGGAUACAAGAGUUGUGGCUGGCAAUGGACUUGGAGGACAAGGCUGUGGAUCGCCAGGCCAAAGGCCUCUGUGCCCAGCUCAUUGAGGCCCUGGACAGUGCCCAAGCCGAUGGUGCUUCGAAAGAGCAGGCGCCCAGACAGCAAACUUUGGAGCGCUUUUCUCAUUCCGCGAUCGAAAUGGAUUAG